CAGACUUUGUGCGGGAAUGUGUACUAUUGUACUACUUGUCCCCCAAGGCGUACCGUUACAUACGCAACCGAGGCUUGCUUAAACUGCCGUCGAAAAACACCCUCCUUCACUAUGUCGGGAAGUCGAACAGUGAAAGUGGGGUCACACCACUAAUGAAGGAACGCUUAAAGCAAGAGGUGGGCAACCUGAAAGAGCAAGCCCGGCUUUGCUCAAUUAUUGUAGAUGAGAUGUCCAUCAGCUCCAAAUACAUAUAUGUUCGCAAAAUGGAUUGCUUUUUCGGGCAACAAGCGGCAAAAGAAAACAGUGGAGCAGUAGAGAACACCAGCAACAUCAUGCUUGCCAACAAGGUGCUAUGUUUUGUUGCUACAGGAUUGUCCACAGCAUACAAGAUACCUUGCAGCUUCUUCUUCACGAACCGUCUAAGUGGCAAGCUUUUGUACCAGCUUACAAAAGAGGUAAUCUCUGAAGUUGAAAAGUGUGGUCUGUGUGUGCUCCGGAUUGUCACAGAUAACCACAAAAUUAAUGUUACGAUGAUGCGUCACCUGGGGAACGGCUCACUCAAGCCUGUUGUCACUCAUCCAUGUGACCCAGAAAGAAGCUUAUUUCUGUCAUUUGACCAGUGCCAUAUUAUAAAAAAUGUGCGAAGCCUUCUACUUGUGGGGGAGAUGACAGACGGAAGCCAACCAAUAACGGGACAGUUUGUCAAGCAGCUGUAUGAGCUACAAAAGAACGAGAUUGUCAAACCAGUUCGCUUCCUCACGCAGAAGCACGUAGAACCAACGAACUUUGAGAAGAUUCACGUCGGCAGAGCAGUGCAGCUGUUUUCAGACGAUGUCAUCUCGGCACUUUCCUUUUUGAAGGAAUACCCGAGUCGCCACCCUCAGGCAGAGAAGUUCAGAAAUGCAGAGGCGACAAUCUUGUUCAUGAAGAUGAUGCAAAAGUGGUUCGCCAUCCACAAUGUAGCAAACCGAACUGCGCAUGUGCGCAUGAGACAGCCUGACCAGAGGUGCAAUUAUAUACAAAUUCCAAAUCCGGACGGAGGCGGUCUGUCGGUGACGUCAAAAAGUGGGCGGUCCGCAAAGGUCGCGAGGACGAGAGGAAGUGAACAGCCAAUGAGGGAAAUGAAGGCUUGCGUCAUCAUUUUGACGUCGACUUGGGGACCGUAUAGCAAAGUAAAAAGUGUUUGUAACAUGUUCAGAAGUGUUUGACUAUUAUUGCGCACUAUUAAAAUGU